CGAGCAUUCAUUCAAGGACCUUGACUGGAGCUAAAGCCUGGAGGCUCAGUAGUGAUUCAGCAGCAGCAGAGGACUGGACAGAGACGGGAAGUAAGAAAGACAAAGAAAGGGAGAGAAUAGAAGGAAGGGAGAGAAUAGAGAGAAUAAAAGGAAGGGAGAGGUGGACGAAGAGGAGAAGAGCGUGAGAGGCGCGCUGGAUUGGAGCUGUUAUUUCACUGCUGCAACAAAACCAUGCGAUGGAUGAUUAUUUUUAACCGGUGAAAACUUCUCUUCUCUCAGCCGAGACCUCCAGUUUUUACUCACAAUUCACAAAAAAACUCCAGUGAAUUCGGAUUUGACAGGAUUUGGCGGACGCGUCGAGCGCACCGGACCUCUCCAGCUGGGUGGAGCCGAGGUGCGUCUGUGCGCUGCUAGAGGCUGUGAGCGUGUGUGUGUGUGUGUGUGUGUGUGUGUGUGAGAGAGAGAGAGAGGGAGAGAGAGAGAGAGAGAGAGAGAGAGAGAGAAAGAGAGAGAGAGAGAGAGAGAGAGGUGGUGGAGGAUCAGCCGGAGUGGCCGACCAGUCAGAAGGAUGCUGGAGGGCAAUGCCUGCAGAAAGAGAGGAUGAGAUUUGUCGACAGGCUCUGGAGCUGCUGUCCGACCUGUGCUCCAAGGGAGAGGUGCAGGACGACCACUGCCUGGACUUCAUCUACUACUUCAGGGACCUGGCCAGACCGCGCUACACAGACUCAGAUGUAUCGGUGAGCCUGUUGUCCCUGCUGGUGACCACCUGUGGUCUGGCUCUCUUCAGCGUCUCUCUCUUUGUCUCAUGGAAGUUAUGCUGGGUGCCACUGAGUGGCCGCUUCCUCCCAGACCUCCUCAAGGGGGCGCACUUCCUGGGAGGAGACCAACAGCCCGUCCUCACAGAGGUGGACGGGGAGGAGAGGGAGUACAGCGAGGAUGGCUGUGUGAAGGAGCCUUCCGGACCCCCCUUUGCUGUGGCUGUCCCAGAGUCAGGCCUUAAGAUAAGCCACACGUCACCUGACAUCCCACUGGAGACCCAGACCAAGGUGGAGAAAAACCAGGUCCACACUCUGGCCAGGGACAGGGUCCAGAGACAGAUAACUGAGCCUACUUCGUCUGUACGGCACAACUCCAUCCGUCGUCAAAUGAACUUGUCCAAUCCGGACUUCAACCCUGCUCAGUUCCAGCGCCAAGAGUCACUAUCUGGUUUGGGCCGAAUCAAACCAGAACUCUACAAGCAGCGAUCGGUGGACGCAGAAGACGGUCGUCGCUCCGACAGCUGCGGGCGUCUCCUCUUCGUCCUGAAGUUUGACUUUGACCUGGAGCAGCUGAUCGUGAAGAUCCACAAGGCCCAGGACCUUCCCGCCAAGGACUUCUCAGGGACCUCCGAUCCUUACGUCAAGAUCUACCUGCUGCCUGACCGCAAAACCAAGCACCAGACCAAGGUGCACCGCAAGACACUCAACCCAGUGUUCGAUGAGGUGUUUCUCUUUCCUGUGGCUUACCCCGAGCUGCCGAGCCGUAAGCUGCACUUCAGCGUCUACGACUUUGACAGGUUCUCUCGCCAUGACUUGAUUGGCCAAGUGGUGGUGGACAACUUCCUGGAUCUUGCCGACUUUCCCCGGGAGACAAAACUGUGCCGGGACAUACAAUAUGUAACCUCGGACAAUGUGGACCUAGGAGAGCUGAUGUUCUCAUUGUGCUAUCUCCCCACGGCCGGCAGGCUCACCAUCACCAUGAUCAAAGCCAGAAAUCUCAAAGCCAUGGACAUCACUGGAGCUUCAGAUCCAUACGUGAAAGUGUCCCUGAUGUGUGAAGGCCGGAGGCUAAAGAAGAGGAAGACGUCAACCAAGCGUAACACUCUGAACCCAGUGUACAAUGAAGCCAUUGUGUUUGAUGUUCCUCCUGAGAACAUCGACCAGAUCAGCCUGCUCAUAGCUGUCAUGGACUAUGAUCGGGUCGGACACAACGAAGUGAUCGGGGUAUGCAGGGUGGGCAACGAGGCAGAGAGCCUGGGCCGAGACCACUGGAGUGAGAUGCUGACAUAUCCACGGAAACCCAUCGCACACUGGCACCCACUCAUAGAGACCGUCUGCUCUCCGGCUGGAUAUGCAAGGCUGAUACUGCGUGCAUAUCAACAUCAGAACAGGAUAAAGGUAUUUUUCUCUGAAUAAAAAAUGCACAUGGGAGUUGAAGCCACCAACACCUCGUCACGUAAGGCCCCCCAAAUUAAACUCUGCCGACCGGCACCUCGGCACCGCAGCGCCGACAGUUCAUGCAGACCGGUGCCUGUCUCCCUCCACGCAGCUACCGAGUGAGAGAGCGAGGAGUCCUGGCGAAGGGGCGCCGUUCAUCUGAAUGCACGCUCGCGCUGCAGAGCCGGCCAAGCUGGCCAUGUCGAUGACGUUAUACACAAGGAGAGUGAACCGGAGUAACGUUUAACAUUU